CUACUCAUCGCCACGUCUUCAUCCACAACCUCCGCUAAUAAAUCACCAUCCCAAAUCCCACAUUCGUCAAAACAUUAAAAAUCUCACAUUAUUUUCCACACAUCAAUGGCGAUUUCAGCUUCAUCUUCCCUCUUCACUUUCCCUAAUCUCCAUGUCAACUCACACCCACCUUCAAAAACAACCGCAACCUCUGUCAGAUUCACAAGAGCUCGAACUUCCGCUGUUUACACCACAGCAGAGAGGACUGCAACGGCGACGGAGACAAGUAGGUAUUCCGGUAAUGGUAGUCCGUCCUCGCUAUAUGAGCUGCUGGGGGUUGGAAUCGGAGCUGAUAGUGCAGAGGUGAAAGCGGCGUAUCGGAGAUUAGCGAGGGUUUUGCAUCCUGAUGUCGGAAGUUGUGACUCGUCGGCAGAUGAGUUCAUGAAAGUGCAUUCGGCUUAUGUUACUCUUUCAGAUCCGGUAAAACGAGCGGCUUAUGAUCGGAGUCUGAAGCAGAUUGCCGGCGGCUGUAUGGGCCGGAGAUGGGAGACCGACCAGUGUUGGUAAUGCAUCCUUGAAUCUCGAUCCUCGUUUUAGAGAUCUUGAGCAUGUAAAUGUACAUAGUAAAGUAGGUUCCACUUCAUGAACCAUUUUUAUGAUUCUUGUUAGAUUUUGAAGGAACAGUGUUGGAUUUUAUAGAUUAGGUUUUCAUCU